AUGGCCAAAUCACUUCGUUCUAAACCAAAACUUAGAGCUAAGUCCAUUAAGCGUGGUAAAGAGUUUCAGAAAGCCGUAGAUGAGAGACAAAACAGACUUGCCAAUAAGCUAAAGGAAGAUCUGUUGAAGCAAAAAUCGACUAAGAAAGCUGAUAACGACAAAGAGGAAGAGAUGGAGGUUGAGCAAGAUGACUCCGCUCGUGACGUAAAGAAAGUAAGUACUAGCGGUGAUAGAAAUGCAAGACAUCACAACUGGAAGAUGUCAAACAGAAAGAAGAACCAUACGUCAUUUGCACGCAAGAAGAAGAACUAG